GGCUCCCCUCCGUGUGUCCAACUACCCAAGUGGCUCUUCUCCCUCCAGCCCUCAAGCCAGGACCCAGCCAAGCCUCUGAACACACUGUGGACCUGCCUCUUUCUCCCAGAAUGAUCUCAUUGGCUUCUUGGCAGCUGCUGCUUCUCCUCUGUGUUGCCACCUUUGGGGAGCGGCUGGCAAAGGUGGCACCUGUGGUGAACCCUGGACACACAGGUCAGUGGUCCGGAUCCCAGGAACUCGUUAAUGCCUGGGAAAAGAGCCCCCGAUAUGCAGAGAGCAAGCCCGAGGCUGCAGGGCUGCGUGCUCGAAGGACCUCGCCAUGCCUGCCGGUGGAGAGCUCCGCGGGGCACCAGCGGCCCCUGUGUGCUGCCCGCAGUCGCCUGAUCCCUGCGCCCCGCGGAUCGGUGCUGGUGCAGCGCGAGAAGGACCUGUCAGCCUAUAACUGGAACUCCUUUGGCCUGCGCUAUGGCAGGAGGCAGGCUGCGCGGGCAGCUCAGGGCUGAGUGCAGGGCUACAGGUGGAUUGCAGCCCACCCCAUCAGCAGAGGCCAAGGCAGGGAGCUUCUAGACUUGUGCAAUAAAAGCAA